AUGGCGCACCCGACGGAGGGUACCAAGGACCCGCAGGAGAGCCCGAGUGCAAAAACUCUCGUCCCGUGCCCCUGCAGCAGCAGCAGCAGCCGCUCCCUGCCCAGCUACCAGCCCUCCCCCUCCUCCGUGCCCCCCUCCCCCACCCCCAUCUACUACAGCAGCCCCCGGCGCCUGAGCCUGGCCGACCCCGACCCGGGCGGGGACCGCCACAGCCUGGCCUCCCAGGACUCGGGGCUCCCCACCCUGGAGGUCAGCCACCCCGAGGCCCACACGUGGCCCUUCGGCUUGCCGCCGCUCCCCGCCGCCACCGACGACUCCCCCGCCACGCUGCCCCUCCACCCGCCCUCCAACGGCGCGGUGCGCAAGUCGUCCACGUUCCCCCGCAGUUGCUACGACGCCGCGGCGCGGGCGGGGCGCGCCGGGCCGCCCAGUGACGGCGGCUCGGUGUGCAGCGCGUCCAGCAUGAGCACGGAGCGCUCCGUCUCCAACGACGACGCGCUGGACUUUGUGGUCGCCUCCGACUCCAGCGUCAUCGUUGCCCUGGAGACGGACGAGAGCUGCGGCAUUCGCCACGACGACGGGAGGGGCAGCGGCGGCGGCAGCGGCGGUGGUGCGGGCGGCAGCAGCCAGUUCUCUGAAGUGUCGCUGUCCUCCCUGGGUGACUUGCCCAGGGAUGUCUGGAGCCCCAACAGGAGGGCAGGGCUCACGCUGGGAGAACCCAGGCAGACCAGACUCGCCCCGCUAGCCAACUUCUUUGCCAGGAGCUUGUUUACUAAGCGGGUGAAGGAGGAGCCGGCUGAGCAGAAGGAGGCCCCUGGAUGGAAUCUGUUUGGCAAGCAACCGCCGCGAGGAGGAGGAGGAGGAGGAGGAGGCGGAGGAGGAGGAGGAGGAACCAUCAUCUCUACCCGGGACCCCCGCAGAUCCCAGAAGGAAUGUGAAACGGAGAGCAGCAGAGGAGGACCCGUCAGCCCCCCGUCCCCCCGGCAGAACGUCAGGAAGGGCCUGGCCUUCGAGCCCCUCUCCACCACCGCCCUCAUCCUAGAAGACAGACCCCCUAACUUGCCUGCCAAGCCAGCUGAGGAGGCCCUGAAGCACCGGCAGCAGUAUGAGGAGAUGGUGGCUCAGGCCAAGAAGAGGGAGCUGAAGUAGGCUCAGAGCGUGGAUCAGUCAGAGCAGCGCUGUAAGCUGGAGGAGAGCAUCGGGACGGCGGUGCAGACCUGGAACCAGGACAUCCUGCCCAACUGGACCAACACGUGUACCACUCGGCGGGUGAGGGACCUGUGGUGGCAGGGCGUGCCCCCCAGCGUGCGGGGGAAGGUGUGGAGCCUCGCCGUGGGCAACGAGCUCAACAUCACCCACGAGCUGUACAACAUCUGCCUGGCCCGGGCCAAGGAGAAGUGGAAGUCCCUGCCCACACCCAGCUCCCACACAGAGCCUGAAGACCUGGGCUCGUCGGACCGGGAGUCCAGCCUGGAGCUGAUCAAGCUAGACAUCUCCAGAACCUUCCCUCACCUCUGCAUCUUCCAGCAGGGUGGGCCGUACCACGAUGUGCUCCACAGCGUCCUCGGAGCAUACACCUGUUACCGGCCAGACGUGGGCUAUGUGCAGGGCAUGUCGUUCAUCGCGGCGGUGCUCAUCCUGAACCUGGAGACGGCCGAUGCCUUCAUCGCCUUCUCCAACCUGCUCAACAAGCCCUGUCAGAUGGCCUUCUUCAGGGUGGACCACAGCCUGAUGUUGACCUACUUCGCAGCGUUUGAGGUGUUCUUUGAGGAGAACCUACCAAAGCUCUUUGCACAUUUCAAGAAGAACAGCCUGACCCCUGACAUUUACUUGAUAGACUGGAUCUUCACGCUGUACAGCAAGUCUCUGCCCCUGGACCUGGCGUGCCGCGUGUGGGACGUGUUCUGCCGGGACGGCGAGGAGUUCCUGUUCCGCACGGCACUGGGGCUGCUGCACCGCUACCAGGACGCGCUGCAGGGCAUGGACUUCAUCCAGAUGGCCCAGCUGCUGACCCGGCUGCCCGACCUGGUGCCCGGGGAGCAGCUGUUCCAGCACAUCGCCGCCGUGCACAUGACCUGCCGCGCCGGGAAGUGGCCGCAGGUCCUGCAGACCCUCCAGAAGGACCAGGAGCGGUCCAGCCCCGUCCUGAGGCGCUGACCCCCCCCAGGCCCGCGCUCCGCUCACUUUGUUCCCGCUCCUGCACUCUCUAAAGGGACUUGACCCGCCUGCUCU